UGCGCCGUCCUAUCCGCUGUGCGCUCCGGACACUAAACUCCCUCCCCUCCCUCGCCUCUCCUCCUCACCGCGCAGAGCUCGACGCGCACAGGCACAACAGAUGGUACAGUACUACAGGCUGCAGGCGCGCAAGAAUUUCAUGUAGAAGUACUUUUAUUUCUCCAAACUUCACAGGAACGUUUAGCUUCAUAGGAGUAGGGGGGUUCUCCGAGGAAAAACUCGACUUUGACAGUCACUGGAUCCUACGUUUAGAGGCGGAAUUUGGUGCCAAGGUCAGGAGUGGCCAUGCCAUUUGGCUGUUUAACAAUCGGGGAGAAGAAGGAUUAUAACAAUCCUUCGGAUGUGACAGAUAAAUAUGACCUGGGUCAGAUUGUCAAAUCGGAGGAGUUCUGUGAGAUAUUCAGGGCCAAGGACAAAACUACGAUGAAAAUGUAUACAUGUAAAAAGUUCCUGAAAAAGGAUGGAAGGAAAGUUCGCAAGGCUGCGAAAAAUGAGAUCCUCAUCUUAAAGAUGGUGAAGCAUCCCAAUAUUCUCCAACUGGUGGACGUCUUCGAGACCAAAAAAGAGUACUUCCUCUUCCUUGAACUUGCAACAGGCAGAGAGGUAUUUGACUGGAUCCUGGACCAAGGCUACUACUCAGAGCGGGACACCAGCAACGUGGUGCGCCAGGUGUUGGAGGCUGUCGCGUACCUCCACUCCCUGCAUAUCGUUCACAGAAACCUCAAGUUGGAGAACUUGGUUUACUACAACCGCCUGAAGCACUCUAAAAUAGUCAUCAGUGACUUCCAUCUUGCCAAGCUGGAGAACGGACUAAUCAAAGACCCCUGUGGGACGCCAGAGUACCUGGCUCCAGAGGUGGUUGGCAGACAGCGAUAUGGCCGGCCUGUGGACUGCUGGGCAACAGGGGUCAUCAUGUACAUACUGCUGUCAGGCAACCCUCCUUUCUACGAUGAAACUGACGACGAUGAUUAUGAAAACCAUGACAAGAACCUUUUCCGAAAGAUCCUGGCAGGCGAUUAUGAGUUUGACUCUCCAUACUGGGAUGAAAUCUCCGAUUCAGCCAAGAGUCUGGUUGCUCGUCUGAUGGAGGUGGAUCAAGACCAGAGACUGACAGCCCAGGAGGCUAUAAACCAUGAAUGGAUCUCUGGCGGUGCAGCUUCAGAUAAGAACAUCAAGGAAAAUGUGUGUGCACAAAUAGAGAAGAACUUUGCCAGAGCUAAAUGGAAGAAAGCUGUGCGGGUCACCACCAUCAUGAAGAGACUGAGAGCACCUGAGCAGAAGGACUCGAGGGCAACCAGCCCCGCAGACGCCACAGCUCCCCAGGCUGCCACCGACCCCUCUGCACCCUCAUCUGCCGCAACACCCGAGGAAGUGCCCGCUGCCGUCACAGAGCUCCCUGCUGGGGCGGAGAUAAGCCAACCGGCGCCGGAGGCUGGAGCUGGGGCAGCAGCCUUGGUUGCGGAGCCACAGCAGCCGAGCCCUGCCCCGCAGGAGGCAGAGCCUACAUCGCGUUGUAACGGAGAAGCUUCAGCUGCUCUCCAUGCAGCCACUGAGGCCGGGGACGAGCAGGGUUAGACCCCACCACCCCUCCCCGUGUGACCUCUGCAGUCCCCACCAACUCCUGCACACUGUACAUUAGCUGCUAGCAUGGUGACACUGACUCUGCUUCUCUCUCACUUGCAGCAUUAGUAUCAUCUCAUGGAGGCUGUGUGCUACCUUUCCUGAGUGCUGCGUUGCAUUGGCUUUCUUUUUACAUGUAUUGUGUCUUUUUUCACUGACCCUCCGGCAUUUUGUGUCAGAUUAUAGAAACCAAGUCUAUCUCUGCACACUUGAGUUUUAGGGGCAAAAACAGAUUUGCUGUCAAGCUGUGGCUUACAGCUAAAGUCAUCUUUCUUAGUCUUCUCUUCGCGAUAAGAGAAUAUAGGAAGACAUAAUUGUGCUGAAAAUGGCUUUGAUUCCGUUUUAAUGAGCUGACUUGGGAAACUUCUCUCUGCCACUCUUGCAAUUAAAAGUAUUUGUUCUUAGAAUCAGUAGAAAAGUUUUGCUUCUGAAAUUUUGACCUUGUACCGUGAUACUCAGUAAGUGCUGGUUCUCGCACAUGGAGAUGAUCACAUAUUCCUGCCACAGGGGAAAUAUGGUCCUUAUCUGUUCUUGUCUACACUAACCAGUUAUUGUACGUCAAACAAUGCUGAGAUUGGUGACUGGGAGUUAUUACGCCCAGUACUGUGUUUUGAACUUGGCAGCUUCACACAUAAGCACACACACCGACACUAUGUUCCUUUGCUAACUUCCUGCUCAGGAAAGAACCUCAUAGCUGUAAGUGUAAAGAUUCUGUAUAUAGAGACCUUUGUAGAAGUAGCCAAAACAGCAUGCAUUCUCACUUUUUGCUGUUCAUUUUACAUUUACAGCCACUUGGUGGAUAAAGACGCGCUGCCGCCAAACUUCGUAUUAUCACAGGCCACAGCACUCUUGCCUCUUGCCAUAAGCCACGCCGAGGCUAAUGUUCUUUUCAAAAGCACACGAGACAUUAUGCUGUCUAGUACCACCCUUCAUUUAGCACCCCUGCUGUCAGUGUAAGUUGUAUGAAAACAGUCUUCAUCACAUAGCGGUUCUAUGCAUCCAAAUUAAUUUGUAGCUUUUCUUUUUUAGAAACUUCAUGACAUUUUUAUUCAUUGCGUUUUAUUUAUUGAUUUACUCAUUUAUUUUUGCUGUAUAUCGGUCUACUUGUAUCUGCUCUGGUUCAAUGUCCUUUCUGUUAGGAUAUCGACUCAAAAUGCCACAUAUGUCUUAAUAUUUGGUUGUAAUUGUAAAACAAAAUGUGCAUUAACUGACCACAUGCAGCUUUCAAGGGAAGAUAUGCUUUAUUUUGACUUUGUGGUAACUAGGGUCAUCUUCAACAAUUCAGCUUUGUUGACCUGUAUUGAACUGAAAAAUGUAUAAAGCAUAUAUCUGACAUUUCUUAACUUAUUUAUUUAUUUAUUUAUAUUUUUUAUUGCCGUAUCUCUUUGCUUUCUGUUUUGUUGCUGUUUUUUAAUGUGUUUAUUCCAUAGAUUUUCCUCCUUAUACUUGAUAAACAGUAAUAACAAUCUUUCCUUUCCUGUCACUGGUCCCCUCGAGCAUUAAUAAUGAGCUACAGACAGAGUUCUCUGUAAUCACUCUAGAGGAAAUCGAGCAAUAUUCGAACGGCUGCAGAAACUGUGAUUCCUGGUGUCCUUUCGAUAAAGUCCAUGUCCCUGUAAGUAGAAGUCUAUAGUCCUCGCCAGCUGUCAGGCCCAUCAGGGCUGCUCAACAAACACACGGCUGCUGUCAGAUAAGUGUGUGUGUGUGUGUGUGUGUGUGUGUGUAUGUGUGUGUGUUGGGGGAAGGGUGAAUACAUCAUAUUUGCUCUUCUGGCCUGUGAGUCCCCACACGACUGCCUGUGCUACUGAAUCUCGAGUUUUCAUCCCCUGGUCACAUAAAGCAACCCUGUGUCUUAGAAAUUACAUUUAUAUGUCACUAAACUGCUUAAUUAAUUAUGUUAAAUGGUAGUAAGUCACAACAAGUGGAUGCUGUAUUGUAAGAUUGCCUAUUUUGAUGGAAAACAACUUUCAGUGAACACUUUGCUGAUAUGUAAAUCAUCAAAGGUUAUGAUGUUGUAACCCUAGUUCUAUUAGCACAGUCGCAGCCCUCCACCAGACACUACUGGUAAUACUGUAAUCCAAUCGCGAGCACACUUUCAUCCACUGAAAUUUGCAGAAACGUAGCUGGCCAAUAGGGACGUGCCUACCUGAAUGUGUGCGGAGCCCACAGUAUAUAUAGGAGCCACUAUCCUACACCCUCCUCAGCGAGCAGCAUAGGAGACUACAUAGACAACAGUUACAAUGUUGUAACUUUUGUUCUAUCUCACGCAUGCCCCACCCUCUAUGGGUACAUUUGGUUGCGACAUAACAUUGACCCACCCAGCCACACUGAUACCGACCAGCUAAAGGUUAGCCGCCUACUUCUUUGUAACCUAGGCCACCUCAGUGAGGAAGUAGAGAGCCCCAGCCAACUCAGGUGGUAAACAACCAAGGUGAUUGGAGCCAUUGGCCCAGCCUUGCAGAGGUCGACAGACAGUGAGCAGUCGCUGUAACUGAAGAGUUAAAAGGAAAGCAGAUACUCUUCCUAUGUAUACUGGGGGCUUGGCACAUAUUCAAGUGGGCAUGUCCUGAUUGGCUGGAUACAUUUAUGCAAAUUUCAGUGGGCAGAUGUGUGCUUGGGAUUGGAGGACAAUAUUUCCAAUAGAGUUCAGUAGAGGGCGGAGCAUUUUAGCGAAUUGCCAGAUACGUUUAUGAGCAACAUUUCCUCAUAAUGUUGAUAGAAACCAUAAUUAGUUGUAUAUAAACUUAAUUUCUAGGAGACGGGGCUGCAUAAAGACAGCAGCCACAUUGUCGAUGCGAUUAUUAGAUGAUGAAAUAAAAGUAUAAUAUGUUAUGGCUCGUGCACGGCCACUUUGUCUGACUCUUCCCAAUCUGUUGUCAAGAGUUAACUGUGAACACCUGUGAAUUUAUAUGAAAAUGUGCAUUUCCGAUAAAAAAAAAAGGGGCUUUGGAGAAAACUGAUUUAUAAUCCGUAGAAUCUCAAGUUUGACUUUGUUGUCACAGAGUCUUUUAUUUGUACAUGUUUCUCCUUUUAAUUUGUGCUAAGGUAGAUUGGUAGACACACCAAUCAUUCAGAUUAUACCACUAUAUCAUUUCUUACAUUGUUUAAGAUGAAUAUUUUAAUGAGAGGCUUAAACAUAUUAUCAGAGAUUUUUAUGUGAAUAAAUUAUUUCAUGUAGUUCGUUCUCUUUGUUUAGAUGGCAAAUAAAUACUGUUUGAAACACUGUUACACAGUUUAAAGCAAUGCUUUUUUCCAAUACAUUUCUCACUGUAUUUAGUAUUCCAUGUCUGUUCAUUUUGCCAUGCACUUACAGGUGUAUUUGUAGAUGUGAUGUUUGCCAGGACCAGUGGUCACCUGUAGGUCCUGUCUUGCAUUUGUGAGCUCUGUACCGUUCUUCUUGACUGAGUUGAUGACUUUGAUGGUAAUAAAAUUCGAA